AGAAGUAGGCAGACUUCUUCUUGAAGCAAGGAAGAUUACCCCACUGAGAACAAUGGUAGACUUCAUCAUACCAACUAACUUCAAACAUGUCAUAGCAGCUGUUAAAGUUGUAUCUGGCUAUGAUGAAGAGAAAAACUCCUACCGCAUUCCUUCUUUAGCUCUCAAACUUGGGCAUUCUUUAAACAAGAUAUCUAGCAUUGUUGAGAGCAAUGCCAUGAUGUAUGGAGAUCAUGAGCGUGCUGAGUGUGCCCGAGACUUCAGGAAAAUACACCAGGCAAGGUGGAAUGAGUACAUUUCUGCUGGUGCUAUAACUACAUUGAAAGAAGCCAAGUGGAACACACCACAGAUCAUUCCUUUCACUCAGGAUGUCAAAGUCCUGCACACACAUCUUGAAAAGAAACACAAUGAGCUCCUAAGUAAGCUCAGAUCUUGCCCUUCUGCUGACAGCUACGCUGCUCUAGCCAAGGUCACGCUGUCCCAGGUCAUCCUGUUCAACCGAAGGAGAGAAGGUGAGGUAUCCCGGAUGCUUUUGUCAGCUUUUAAAAGCAGGGAUUCUUCUGAGCUACACGAAGACAUUGCCAUCUGUCUGUCUGAGUUUGAGAGGAAGCUGUGUCUGCACUUCUCAAGAGUUGAGAUCCGUGGUAAACGAGGGAGAAAGGUUCCUGUGCUCCUCAAGCCUUCCAUGGUUUCUGCCAUGGAGCUGCUUGUUGAAACGCGUGAGCUUUGUGGUGUUCCAGCAGAGAAUCCCUUUAUGUUUGCUAGAUGUGGAGCAAUGUCUGCCUACAGAGGAGGAGAGUGCAUCAACAAAGCUGCUUGCGAAUGUGGCAUAAAGAACCCUGAUGCACUGUCAUCAACUAGGCUUAGGAAACACAUAGCAACCAUGUCUAAAAUUCUUAACCUUAAUGAGAAUGAAGCAGACCAACUGGCUGAUUUCCUUGGUCACGAUAUCCGAAUCCACAGACAGUAUUAUCGGUUACCAGAGGGAACACUGCAGCUGGCAAAAAUGAGUAAAGUCCUAAUGGCCAUGGAGAAAGGAACACUGUCUGACUACAAAGGAAAGAAACUUGAUGACAUUGAAAUUGACCCAAAUGAGCAACUUGAGGCCCAAGGUGAUUCCAUGUCAAGUGAUGAGGAGGAUUCCAGUGACCUAUCUCAGACGACAGCACCAGCACCAGUACAGACUGAUCAACCUGUUCAAUCUGAUCAAGCUGUUUCACAGGAGGAUCAAGGUUCUUCAAAUGCUCCAAAAAAGAAAUGGGAGGACAGUGAGGUAAAAGCAGUAGAGAGACACAUGAUGAGUUUCAUCAAGACAUGCAAAGUUCCUGGUAAGCAAGACUGUGAAAGAUGCAUUCAUGCAGAGCCAGAAGCUUUGAAGCAGCGAACAUGGACUGGUGUGAAAAAUUAUGUGCGGAACAGGAUCACGACUCUUAAAAGAAAGGGUGGUUUGUAGGAAGGCACAAACACUUCAGCACUUUGCACAUUAUGCUCUUUUUGUAGGAAAUGGAGCUAAAUUAAAAGAAAUGAGGAUAAAGGUGUAGAAAUAUUUUGUGGAUGGAAUGAAACAGAAUAUAAAGUGAAAAGUUAGAGUAUAAGAAGGUUAAUGAAGAAGUAGAGGAUAGUAAGAGUCAAUUUUCUUUGUUCAGUUACAAUAUAGUUGGAUGAAAUGUCAUGUUAAACUUUUUGAUAUUUCUGUCAUAGAGGGAGGAGAGAAUGUAAAGAUGAUAAAAAAGGGAAGAGUGAAUAGCUGUGCUGGACAUGGGCUAUGGCUGGAUGUAACCGAUUGGUGAGAGUUAAUGUGUGCAGACGAGAGAAGCUGAAAACUGAGAUGUGAUGUCAGACACUUUCUGCUUCCCGUAGUGAUGCAGAGCCAGAAGCUUUGAAGCAGGGAACAUGGACUGGUGUGAAAAAUUAUGUGCGGAACAGGAUCACGACUCCUAAAAGAAAGGGUGGUUUGUAGGGAGGCACAAACACUUCAACACUUUGCACAUUAUGCUCUUUUCGUAAGAAAUGGAGCUAAAUUAAAAGAAAUUAAGAUAAAGGUGUAGACAUUAAAAUUAAGAGACGCUCGCGCUGUUUGCAUACUUUACCACAGCUGAAGUAGAAAAAAUGCAUUAUUUUCCAAAUACACAGAUAUUUCGGAGACAUUUUCAUUCAAUACAUGCACUGCUUGAUACAGUGUCUGUUUGUACAAGAAUAAAGUUCAACAUAAGCCUAAAUACCAACGUAAAGAGGGAAGAGAGAAUGUAAAGGGGGACGUUAAAGGACGUAAAGUAGAAGAGCAUGUAAAGGGGACGUAAAGAGGGAGGAGAGAAUGUAAAGGGGACGUAAAGAGGGAGGAGAGAAUGUAAAGGGGACGUAAAG